AUGGCACCACACGCAUCUGUCCCUACUAACCCCUCUACAACUACGUCCUCAAAUCUACCCCGCAUCCUCAUAAUCGGCGCCGGAUCUCGAGGCUCCCAAUACUCGCGCUGCGUCGACGAAUCUACUCCUGGCAUCGUCUACGCCGUCGCAGAACCUAUCUCCUACAAACGUCAACGGCUCGGUUCCCGCUACAUCUGGGGUUCUAAUGCACCUUCUCCCGGGCAAUCAUUUUCCAAUUGGAAAGAAUUUCUCGAAUAUGAACUCGAUCGACGCGCUCGGGCUUCUCGCGGUGAAUCCGUACCACCAGGUGUCGAUGCCGCGUUUAUAUGUGUGCUAGAUGAGAUGCAUAAGGAGGUUAUAGUGGGGUUGAAACCAUUGGGAUUGCACAUUAUGUGUGAGAAGCCUUUGGCUACGACGUUGGCAGAUUGUGUGGAGAUAUAUAGGGCGAUGUUGCCGGAAUAUCCACGGAAUCGACUGCCGGAGAAAAUAUUUAGUAUUGGACAUGUAUUGAGGUAUAGUCCGCAUAAUAUGAUGUUGAGGAAAUUACUUUUGGAGGAGAGGGUGAUUGGGGAUGUGCUGAGUAUUAAUCAUACUGAGCCGGUGGGAUGGUGGCAUUUUACUCAUAGUUAUGUUCGUGGAAAUUGGCGCAAAGAAUCCACAACAGCUCCCUCCCUCCUCACGAAAUCCUGCCACGAUAUCGAUCUCCUCCUUUGGCUUCUCUGUUCUCCUCCCCCAUCAGACCCAACCGCUCCACCUCAUCUUCCCGAAACAAUAACAUCCACUGGUUCUCUUCAGCAAUUUACUCGCACCCGCAAACCUAGAGCCGCUGGCACUGCGACAAACUGCCUUUCCUGUCCCAUUGAACCAGACUGCAAAUACUCCGCGAAAGACAUAUACAUAUCCCCAAAAUUCAAGGGUCUCAAAGCCCCCAAUACUAAUUGGCCUGUCGAUAUUCUUGUCCCAGAUAUCGAAGAUAUUCUCACCACCUCUGGCUCUUCAGCCGCAGAAUCCGCUGUCCUAUCCAUUCUAUUUGAAGACUACACAGCCGAAACCCCUAUCUCUGAAAUCGAAGCUAAGAAUUGGUUCGGGCGCUGUGUCUAUGAAUCGGACAACACAGUCAAUGAUGAUCAAUUCGUAACCAUGACAUUUCCCGCGAAUCCCUCUCUAAAUCGCGGGGCCAAACAAGCUUCAUUCCAUAUGGUAUCUCAUACGAAGAAGAUUUGUGAAAGAUAUACACAUAUUUAUGGAAGCGAUGGGGAAAUAUACGCAGAUAGUACGACGAUUGAAGUCGAGGAUUUUAAGACUGGAGAGAAAAAAGUUUAUGAGCCAAAAAUCACGGAUAUUAAGAGUGGACAUGGAGGUGGUGAUGAAGGAUUAGUGAGACAGUUUGUAGGAGCUGUGAAUAGUGUUAUGAAUGAAGGAGCAGAUGUAGAAGUUGCGCAGAGGCAAUGGGUAGGAUGUAGCUUAGAAGAAGUAAUUAGAAGUCACGCGGUAGUAUUCGCAGCUGAAGAAGCGCGAAAGGAUAAAGUAGUCUUAGACUUUGAGAGUUGGUGGGAUAGAGAAGUUGUAGGGAAGUUGAAUACUUCUGUUUCGGAGGUUUAA